AUGUCUACACUCAUCCCGCUUGAUCAUUUCCGACACCAGGUGUGUUUCACCUACAUCAUCAACAUGACGAUGCCCACUGACCCGCUGGACAGCACCAUGACCACCUUUCCUGGUUCCUUGGAGAAGGACGGACUUCUUGAGGUGUACAACGACACAGCGACUGUGACUUUCUUCGAGACCUGCCCCGACUGUCUGACGAUGCUCUACAAAGACAUCAACGGACGAUACAUGCUCCGCUACAGGAAGGAGGGGGAUCACCGGGAUGUUGAGAAGUUGAAAGAAGACCACAGUGAUCACCACAAACUGGCCGCCUGUCUGGGAUUCCCCACCAACCCCAAACCGUUCAACUACGACGGAGCUGCAGAUUUCUGUCAUUAGAAAUCAUCCCCGGAGGUGAAGCCAGAAGCAUCCUGAGUGAAGACGUUGGAGCAAAACAAUCAUAUCUCAGAUAUGUCCUCCACCAAUACAAUA